CUAUAUAUGGGCAAGGCGAGAGCUGCUUUCGCUUCCGUGUUUGUGUGAUUGAGUGCACAACCGGGAGAGCUCUACUGUCUGCACCGUUUCAUUCAUUUGAAAGAGUAACGUGAAGUUAGAGACCAGCAAGGAAGAUGCCGUAUGAACUGAAACAUGUAUUUGCCAGUCUCCCACAGAUGGAGAGGGGAGUUGCAAAAGUGAUCGGUGGUGAUCCCAAAGGCAACAACUUCCUCUAUACCAAUGGGAAGUGUGUCAUCAUCAGGAACAUUGAAAACCCGGCUAUAGCAGACAUUUAUACUGAGCAUGCCCAUCAAGUCACUGUUGCCAAAUAUGCCCCCAGUGGAUUCUACAUUGCAUCUGGAGAUGCAUCAGGAAAGAUCCGUAUCUGGGAUACCACUCAGAAGGAACACCUGCUCAAGUAUGAGUACACCCCUAUUUCAGGGAAGAUCAAGGACAUUGCAUGGACGGAGGACAGCAAGAGGAUUGCUGUUGUUGGGGACGGACGAGAGAAGUUUGGAGCAGUGUUCCUGUGGGACUCUGGCUCCUCAGUGGGAGACGUUUCAGGUCACUCCAAAUUAAUCAACAGUGUGGAUAUAAGGCAGAAACGCCCUUACCGUCUUGCCACUGCUAGUGAUGACACCUGUGGGUCCUUCUUCGAGGGCCCUCCCUUCAAGUUCAAGUUUACAUUACGUGAUCACAGCCAGUUUGUCAACUGUGUCCGUUUCUCUCCAGAUGGAAAUGUGUUUGCUACAGCUGGGGCUGAUGGUCAGAUUUUCAUCUAUGAUGGAACAAAGGGUGAGCUCAUUUCUCCACUGGGUGGAGAGAAGGCCCACAAUGGAGGAAUCUAUGCUAUCAGCUGGAGCCCAGACAGCUCCCAACUGAUCUCUGCCUCAGGGGACAAGACCGUGAAGCUCUGGGAUGUUGGCACACGUACGGCUGUCACCACCUUUAACAUGGGCAAUGAUGUGACAGACCAGCAGUUGGGCUGCCUGUGGCAGAAAGACCACCUCCUCAGCAUCUCCUUGUCGGGACACAUCAACUACCUGGACAAGAACAACCCUGACAGGCCCAUACGCACAAUCAAGGGUCACAGCAAAUCCAUCCAGUGUAUGACUGUUCACAAAAGUGAAGGGCGACAAUACAUCUACUCGGGUAGUCAUGAUGGGCACAUCAAUUACUGGGAUGCAGACACCGGGAAUAAUGACUGUCUCAAAGGGAAAGGCCACAGCAACCAGGUGAGCAAGAUGGUGGUCAAUGAAGCCGAUGAGCUGGUGACGUGCAGCAUGGAUGAUACACUGCGCUACACCAACAUCAAGAAGAAGGAGUACAGUGCCUCUGAUGUGGUGAAGAUGGAUUUGCAGCCCAAAAGUGUCUCUGUAGGACCAGGAGGGCUUUCGCUGGUUGUGUGCAUUGGCCAGAUUGUCUUGUUGAAGGAUAAGAAAAAAAUCUUCACAUUGGACCAUCUCAGCUAUGAACCUGAGGUCGGAGCUCUCCACCCUGGUGGCACCACAGCUGCAGUGGGAGCAACGGAUGGGAAAAUCUAUCUGUACUCCAUUCAGGGCAACACUCUGAAGGAUGAGGGUCGAACACUCGAGGCUAAAGGGCCAAUCACAGAUAUGGCUUACUCUAAUGAUGGAGCCUAUCUGGCUGCUAUCGAUGAGAAGAAAGCUGCUACAGUCUAUACUGUGGCAGACGGUUACACGGUCAAAAAUGAGUUUUAUGGACACCAUGCCAAACCCGUGACCUUGGCCUGGUCACCUGAUAAUGAGCACUUUGCCACUGGUGGGAUGGACAUGAUGGUGUUUGUCUGGACUGUUAAUGAUGCAGACCAGAGGAUCAAACUCCCAGACACUCAUCGGUUGUACCACGUUAGUAGCCUGGGCUGGAUCGAUGAGCACACUCUAGUCACUGCCUCCCAUGAUGCCAGCAUCAAGCAGUGGACUAUUAAAUACUAAGCUGCAAGCAGACAAACAUCCACAUCUCCAGGGACAAGGACUGCUGUAGAAAUGUUUUUUAUUUUUAUUUUCACUAUCUAAAUGGUGUUCUAUGAUGUCUGUAAACAUCUGAAUUGUAAAUGGUUAUGGCUGGGGAAAAGCUCCCAUAUAAAUGAUCUAAGAUGAUGCGCUUCUAAUGCAAAUAACCUGGACUUACAGAGAGGAAAUGUUAAAGUAGUCAAUGUAACUAUCUACAUCUCUUUGAGCAUUAUGGGCCCAGAAAAAUAUUUGUAAGCUCAACAUUCCUUAGGAAAUAGCCUUCACUCAGCUUAAAUUGAAACCCUUGUCUGCCUGUGGUUGGGCUCACUACAACUUAACAGAUAAACCAAAAGUUUUUGUUUUUUUUUAAAUCAUGAACAAAAUGGUUUGAAAUAAAUGAAACCUUAGUUCCUGAAAUGAUAACUCCUAACUGCAGUUACCUGUUACUUUUUCAUUGCAAGGUUUGAAGGGGGUGGGUGGUUUUGCUUUGUUUUAGGUUUCAUACCUUUAGUGAUUCAUUACUCUUCCUUUUGCACUGGGGAGCAAUAAUAGGAACUGAAAGUAUGUGUACAAUCAAGAUGCUGUCUGUUUAGUUGAAGGUUCUUGUUGUUGCUGUGUUUUUGUUUGGGCCUACUAUGCUUGUCUCACUUUUUUCAUGUCCUUAUGCAUCCACUUCCAAGGUGGAAGUGAUUAAUUAAUAAUAAAAAAAACACCUUUUUAUGCAUUUUUA